AUGGCUAAACAACCUAAAGCCGCGGUCCCGCCCGUCUUUCUCCGCUUCGACUUCCUGGAAGCUCGAGGAGAGAAUGCUAUAUAUUAUUAUUAUUUAAUUCAUAGGAGAAAAACAUGCGGUUUUCUUGAAGGACUCAAAUCCAAUUCAGACAGCUCUAAUUUUGGAUCCUGUAAAUCCAAGAAUCCCACCCAGGUGUAUAUUCCCACAGGUGAAGAUGAUGCACAAGGCCUUGGAGACUGUAAUGAAGGCGGUAAUGUAAACACGGGUGGCUGCAAGGAGUUUGUUGAGAACAAAUUGCUAGAAGGCGCUAAGCCAUUGUCUUUGCGCUGGCCUGACACGUGGCAGAAACAAGCUGUCUACAUCUUUCUUUUGCCAAUCAUCCUCCCUCUGCGGCUCACUGUUCCCGAUGUCAGGAACCAGAAAAACAGAAAAUUCUUUGUGCUGACAUACCUAGUUUCUAUUGUGUGGAUCAGUGUCUUCUGCUACCUUGUCAAGUGGUGGGCUCACCAGAUGGAUGAGGCUUUUGGUGCCAUGGGUCCUAUGACAUAUCUGGUAGCAGCAAUGUCCAGCCCUGAUCUCAUAACUAGUGUAAUAGUGGCACGUAAAGGCCUUGGAGACAUGGUUGUGUCCAGUAAUGUGGGUAGCAACAUCUUCGACAUCAAUAUAAGUCUAGCAGUAGAGUUGCUCCUCUACACGUUCACCCACGGUUUAUCCCCUGUGGCUGUUGAGACCAGAGGCCUCGUCUGUGCCAGUAUCCUCCUCUUCCUCGUGCUCCUCUUCACUGUCAUCUCCAUUAUGUUAUGUAAGUGGAAGAUGAGGAAACUGCUUGGUCUCAUCUUAGUCUUUCUCUACGUUCUUUUUGUGGUCAUUAGCAUCAUGAUGGUGUUUGGGAUCAUUAAGUGCCCUGUGUAAAAAAAUACUUUGAAAUAUUUUUAUUUAUGCAUGUGUUACGUUUCUAUAUAUAACUGACCUAUCAUCUACCAGGAUAUAAAAAGAAGGAAAUAGAAAGAUUUUUUUUUUUUUUUUGGAACAGCAGUUUGAGACUCAAGUCACUUCUCAACAACUUUGUAUACAUGCUGAGUACACUACAUAAACAUAUGCAUUCCUGUUUUCACUGUAAGUAACUUAGCUGUAAAUUACUAUAGUUUUAAAAGGUAUAGUGAAAGAUUUUUGAGACCCGCCCACUUGUGUAUACAAAAUGACAAAAUAAAUCAGUCUAAGUCUCUCCAAUUUUUAAAAAGAAUGCAUAUACACAACCCUGUACCCACACCCGAGAGGGAACGCCUGUUAAACACGUACGAGAGCGUGCACAAACUAAUUUCUUCUCGUGCACGCUCUGUUUAAAAGUGGCUUUUUGCAUCACUCAUACAAGCUUACUUUUCAAAAGAAGAUGUGCAAUUUUUCCACUAUGUCAGACUCAACACCGGUAAGAGAAAAUGGGGAAGAGCACAUAGGACGGCCUUACAUAAACAUAUCCCCAGAAUGAUUGACAAUUAGGAGGACCACUUAUAUUGAUGAUGAAAAAGAACAUCCUCCACUAUACCUUUCAUGACCCCUUUUGAGAAAACAGUAAUCCCCCACUAGGUGACAAUAUUCUAGUUGAAGGCAACUGUUAUCAGAUGUUUGCAGGAUCUGGGAUUGCGUCUUUUUCAUGGCUGUGGAGAAUAUGUUCUUGGUAGAGAUGCUUUAUGCCACAUUGGAAAGUAAGGGAGAAUGAUUUGGCCCAUUUAGGGUCAAGCCAAUGCAUGUAAGAUGGAUUAAGAUCGAAGCUUUGACCAGGCCCCUCCAAGACCUUCAGACUGUUCCAUGCCAUUCAUUCAGACUCAAUGAACUCAGGUGCAUUUGAGGUCAUAAGCUUUUUACCUGAGGUGUUCAUUCAAGAUUUUUUUUUUUACUAACUUUUCUGGUUUUAAAUUCCUUAAAUAAAGAAUGGCAUGCUGAAAUCUGAGGUGGUUAUGUACACUUCGGGAUAAAUUAGAGAAUUGAUCUCAGAUUUUAAAAAGGCAAUAAAAAUUAUAUAUAGAAAUAUAAAAAGGAUUUGUAUUAUUGUAUAUAUCUGUCUUUUUGUUUCUCUGUUUUGCUUGAGGUUUUCUUUUCAUUAUCGGAUGAAAUAAGCAUAACGGUUUUGACUUUGUAGCCUAUAUAUUAAAUUGCAUAAAAUGUUUAUCAGUAGAGAAAGCCUGAAAAAAAUAUAUUUUCUUUCUCAGAAAUUAUGGAUUUAGGGUUUGUUUACAUCUACUUUAAAUGUUUCUUAUUUUUCUCUAUAAGGCUUACCACACUGAUAUCUACUUAAGUCUAAGCAGCACAACUUAUAGAUUUUUAUGAAUGUUUUUAAACAAGUCAUAUUUUGAUCUGUGACAUAAACUGAUACCAAUUAUAUCAUUUAUAUGAAUAUGUGUGGUUUUGUUUUUUACUCUAGAUAUCGAUACCAAGGUGCUUCAUUGAAUUUAUGAACAUACAAAUAAAUGAGCCUUUUUCUACAACAUUAAAAUAUGUUUCUACUUU